AUGGAGCGAGCCGUUGCAAAUACGGCACCGAGAGGAGGCGUACGAUGCGCGACGGUACUUGCUGUGCCGGUGGCGGUGUUGUUACUGUUGAUCAGCGGAGGAUCUACCUUCAACCUCGAAACGCGCCAUUUGCUGGACAAGCAUGGGCUACCGGGCUCCUACUUUGGUUACUCGGUCGCCGGCCACAGCCAGCGCGGAGGUCCCGGUACCGGAAAUACAACUAACUGGAUGCUGGUGGGAGCACCGCUCGGACAGAAUCUGCAGCCCAGUUCGAACCAUUCUGGUGCAUUGUUCCGGUGCCCGAUCACACUUGCACCAUACGAUUGUACGCAGGUCAUCACCGAUGGCCACCGGACACCCACCGGAAAGUAUCUUCCGUUUCUCGAUGCGUACAGCAAGUCGGACGAUAUUGACGAUGAGGAUGGUACGGGUGACUCAGAUAGUUUGCAUCGUCUUGAACCGCCGGGAAAAGAUGAAAUUAAGAACAACCAAUGGUUGGGAGUGACGGUGGAAACUGGUGGUCAAGAGAACAAGAUCUUUGUUUGCGCUCAUCGGUACAUUAAGAUCAACAAUCCCCAGUCAUUGGCGUACGCAGCAUCCGGUCCCGGCUCCACCGGACUGUAUCUUGGCCAGGGCGUCUGUUACGUGCUGAACGAGGACUUUUCGUUCGGGUUUGCGGUGGAGGUGUGCCGUGGUCGGUCAAUAGAGCGCGAACAUCAACAGUACGCGUUCUGUCAGUCCGGCACGUCCGGUGCGAUUUUGCCGGACGGUACCGCACUGAUCGGCACUCCCGGCGCGAUGACGUGGAAGGGCACACUGUUUAACGUCGCGAUCGAGGGUGGCUUUCUGUCGCGUGACAAAUUCCAGUACUUUGCGCCGCACGACAAUCUCCAUUCGCCGGUACCGAACUAUAGCUAUCUCGGGAUGUCUGUGACCGGGGGCCGAUUUUUCGGCGAGUACAUGGCGUACGCGGGCGGUGCACCGCGUGCGGCUCAGGGCAAUGGGGAGGUGGUCAUCUUUUCAAACCGCUACAAAAAGAAUCCGUUCGAUCAUGUUGUUUCGUUGCGUGGUGAACAGUUUGGAUCGGGAUUCGGCAGUACGCUUGCCUCGGCGGAUGUGAACGGCGACGGACGAUUGGACUUGCUUGUGGGUGCGCCAAACUAUUUUACCCGGACGGACGGAGGGGCCGUGUAUGUGUACCUGAAUCGUGGCACCAGUUUUGCCCAACAGUACGAUCAACGGUUAACGGGGCGGCUAGAAUCGCGCUUCGGUACAGCAAUCGCUAACUGUGGCGAUCUAAACCAUGACGGGCUAGAUGAUGUGGCGAUCGGUGCACCGUAUGAGUCGUCCGGAACUGGGCGCGUUUAUAUCCAUUUCGGCACGAAAAACGGUGCACUUUCGCCCGAACCGGUACAAACGAUCGAUCCUGCCGAUCUGUUUACAACCAGCUGGCGAACAUUCGGCAGUUCACUGGACGGCGGACAUGAUCUGGACGGUAAUUCUUACCCGGACCUGAUCAUUGGAUCUUACGCGAGCGAUCGUGUCAUUGCACUGUUUGCCCGUCCUAUCAUCAACAUUCGUACGUACGAAGAGCAGCAAGCGGGUGAACCAGCAUCAAUCGAUCCGACACGGUUCGGAUGUACGACUGAUCCGUCCGCAAACAUCACCUGCUUCACCUUUAGUGCCUGCAGUGCCGUUGAUGAUGCGUCGCUUAGCGAUGGCGAAGUAUUGGCCGAUUCUACACUACAGCUGCGCAGCACCAUUCAGGCGGAAACUUUCUUCAACGAGCGCAAAUAUUCACGCGUUUACUUUGGCAACGGUUUACCGUCUUCAACCGGCUCUAGCGAAACGGGCAAAGGUGUCGUGCCACGCACCAAUAUACUUCGCCGGCGCUUUCGGCUGGCAGUAAACGGUAAGCCGGUAUGCCAUGAAGUGACCGCUUACCUGAAGGAAGGUACGCGUGACAUCCAGAAUCCGAUCCAGUUCCGCAUAAGCUACACGCUGGAUGAGGACCGUGAGCAUGCACGGGGCGGUGGACGGGCCCGCAGUCGAAUGGAGCGUGAUCUGCCACAGCUCGAACCCAUCCUAAAUCGGACGGCUGCGGAACGGACCUUCACUAUGCCGUUCCAGAAAGAUUGCGGGGUGGAUGGUAUCUGCCGUUCGGAGCUGGCCAUUCGCAAUGCAAGUCUCGUUGGUUUGGCUCGGGGGCCUGAUGCGAAGGAGCUUGCGGUUGGGCUUGAUCGUACGCUGACGCUCGCGCUGAACGUACACAACAAGGCUGAUUCGGCGUACGAAACACACCUUUACGUAGUGCACGACGCUUCCCUUACGUAUGCUGGGUCGAAGGGUUCAUCGAUCUGCGGUGCACACAACGCAACAGUGGUAGACUGUAGCAUCGGUAAUCCGUUGAAGCGUAACGGAGAUGUGCAGCUAUCUCUUAGGUUCGAUGCUCGAUCGCUGGAGGAAUACGGAUAUAGCAAUGGACCGAAUGGGAUUUCGCAUAAUAUCGGGCUGGCAGUGUUCGUCAACACCACGUCCCAGAAUACGGGAUCAAAGGCACGCACCGUCCUAAACCUUCGCAUCCUGCGUAUGGCCAAGCUUAGUAUUAGCGGCAAAGCAUUGCCGGAGCAGGUGUUCUAUGGUGGGGGAGGUGCAGAAGUGAAGGGUGAAAGUGCCAUCUAUUCGCUGGAUGAAAUUGGUAUGCCAGUGGAGCAUAAGUAUCAGAUUUAUAAUGACGGUCCGUGGCGUGCACCGUUUGUAAAGUUAACGAUUGACUGGCCACUGCAAGUAGCGAAUAAUAAGCCACAGGGUAAGUGGCUCCUGUAUCUUGACGCGCUUCCGAUGCUCGACAUGUCGGGAAUAAUGGGCGAAGGGCGUAGUCCAUGCGAAGUUCUGCCCAAAUCCGAAUCGGACGGUGGUGCGGUUGUUGCGAGCAGUGCCGCCUCGCUAGUAAAUCCGCUUGGUCUUCCAAAUCGAUCCGCGAUCGACGGUGGUAGUAGCUAUGCGCGAUCGACCCUGCGUUCCAAUUUCUCGCAAAUGAGAGCUCAUCGUGUACGGCGGGAUCGUGCAAUGGUGUUGCGCCCGCAAACGAGUGACGGUGCGGUACAGAUGGACUGUGCCAGCCAGACAGCCAAAUGUGUGCGCAUUGUGUGCAAAAUCCACGACCUGGGCCCAAAAGCGCACGCCCUCGUGACGAUAACUUCCCGACUGUGGAAUGCCACGCUGGUGAGUGAUUAUGCGGGCGUUGAUAUGGUGCGGAUCGGUUCGAGCGCCCGGGUUACGGUGGAGGGUUUAGACGAGGUGGCGGAUCAGCCACAGCUCCCUUCUAGUUUGACCGUGCGCACCGAAGCCUUCCCCGAAAUGGGACCACCUAUCGUGGCGAUGGAUGUGCCGUGGUGGAUCAUACUUCUAGCGGCCAUCGCUGGUUUGCUCGUGCUUAUAGCUGUUACGUACAUUCUCUACCGAUGCGGUUUCUUCCGCCGGAAACGACAUACCGGGGAGGAUCCCACACUUAGUGGGAACCUUGAACGACGCCGAGACCCAGCCGGUGGUGCGGCUGACGACGAGCUGAACGACACGAAUGGCAGUGGGGUCGGAACGGCCGAGCGUAAACCAUUCCUUGAUCGUCGGUCUUAG